UGCGGGCGAUGUGUGUUGUGUAGCUGGGCUGCUACGAGCGAGGCUGGGCAGCCAGUAUGGCGGAGGAGGGCAGUGUGUUCGAGUUGGCGGGGCUUGACAAACAGUUACAGACGUUGAUAAGUCGUUACUCAAGCGAUGAGCUGCGGGGAAACGGCAACCGAUUCUGCCUCGACUAUUGCAAGCUGGUGGAAGAGUAUGCGUCUCGCUGGCAGGUGCCACUCCCUCGGCUCAGGAUCCUGGAGAAGGCGCUCUACCACUUCACUCAGGCCUCGUCCUCCUUCACGUCGAGCUGCGAUCACGUGAUUCACACACUCAGCAGCUUGGCCUUGAGUGUGUUUGAGUUGCUGCUCUUCUUUGCUGAAAAAGACUUCCCCCAAGAGCCGCUGCUCCGCUUCCGCAAUACAUUCCAGGAAUGCCACUUGGCCCUUGCAAGGUAUCAGAAUGUUCACUUACUUCAGGUGGACCAUCUGAUACGGGCUGGAGGCGCCUGGGCCAGUCAGACCUUGCAGGCAAUACUCAGUGAGUCCAGUUUACCCCAGGACGAAGUGGAUGCGUGCCUCAGCUCUGAGCUGCCGGUGUUCUUCGAGCUCCGGGUGCGCUACCUUUUAUCCUGUGAGCGAGUCAGCGAGGGUUUAGCAUUGGCUAAGUCGUGUAUUCGACAUCCGACAGCAGGGCAACACUUGUUCUUCCUCCAGGUCUACCUCACGUGGCUUUACAAGUCAUCGCAGCACGCUCGCCUGCGUGAAGAGCUCGCCGACCUUAGCGGGAAAGAUGCGGUGCACAUAAUCUGUGCUUUGGAGUACGAGGAAACAAAUGAGCUGCUGCUCGCCCUGUGCCAGGUGUUCCUCUCCCAGCAGCUCUCCCGGGGCGACAUGUACUAUAUCUGCGAGCUUGUGUUCGUGUGGAGCAACCUUCACAAUCGACUGAAUACUUCCAAGCAAGCUUUCCUGGAGGAAAGCCGUCAGCUGAUGCUGUCUGCCACCAACGUCAACUCAAUCUUCCCUUUCAUCAGAGUUGUCCUGCAAGAGCUGGGUGAAGACGGCAUCCAGUUUUGCGUGGAGCUUUGCGCGAAUGCGUUGAAGUCUUGCCUCCCGUGUAACGCAAUCACCAAGUCGCUGAUCUAUAAAACCAUCGCUGGCCUCCUGCCCAACGAUCUGGAAGUCUGCCGGGCAUGUGCGCUCCUGGUCUUCUUUCUGGAGCGUAGCGUGGAGGCCUACAAGAUGGUGUAUCUGCUCUACGUGCUUCCAGACCAGGAGUACCACGUUGAGCACAGCCCCAUCAGAAACCAGAUCCGCUUUGAAACCCUGCAGGUCUUGAAGAAGGACCUUUACUUUGACCCUGAGUUUUGGAACCUCAUUACGUUGCGGACCAAUUGUUUGAAGCUGAUGAGUAAGAAGGUGCUUGACACUGCCCUAGAAGAAAUUAUGGCGGAAACAUGGGUCACAAACUAUUGUGCCAAAGAGUUUUCCAGCACCUCAAUAGGAGAGAGAGACGACCACAGAGCAGCAAGGAAACGCAAUCAUAAAGAAGGUCACAGCAAGGAAAGUAGCGUUGAGGAGGUGUCCAAAAGACUAAAGUUGCGGCCAUUGACUGAUGACAGCGCUGCGAAAAAGAAGAGCAACCACGCGUCACCGUAUGCAAAGAAACCAUCUCAACCUUUGAGACGUUCAUUUUGGCAGCUUGACAGGAUCCAUGAUGUUGGGUAUGAGCAACUACGACCAGCUACCCGACUGUCUGAAAAAAAUCCCCCAAAACGGACAAUUCAGAAACCCAAGUGGCUCAUGGAAGACUCCGGUACUUUGCAAGAGUCAAAGCGUAAAAAACAGAACCAGUCAUCUGCCCUGAGGAGGCCUGACUCGGGUCAGCUGAAGAACAAUGUAAAACCCAAAGUAUCCGUAAACUCCUGUACCACGCACGAGCAACAAUUUGAUGCGGCCUCUGUUAAACCGGCAUCAGCUCCGCAAGUCAUCCUGGAGCUGUCCCUACCAGACAAUGAGCUGCUGGGAACGUUCAGUGAAGAUACUUGCAACAGACAGAAAGGCUACCCUCAGAUGCUCCUUUAUAAACCCACAGUCAAGCUUCCUGACCCCUUUCAGCUGGUGAAGGUGCUGCAUGGUAAAGAGGUUGUCCUCAGAGCGAGGGACGCGGCUAUGUUUGUGCAACAUUUGCACUGCUAUGCACAGAGGCACAAAGGAAAAGGUAACGGGUCAAAUACUCAUGGAUCCGUAUCAACAAUUACGCGUUCCUCUGCGCACGGGAGUCCGCCCAAAGAACCACCUAGAGGUCUUUGUGAAAAAAGUAAUGGCAUAAGUUCGGAACAAAAUAAUAUGUCAGCAAAAGAGCUCACAGAAGAGAGGGAGAUUCAAGAAGAGGCUCCUUCUCACAAGCCGGUUGGAAUAACGGAUUCUAUGUUUUUAUGUAACACUGCAAACUCUCAAAGCACAGAUCAAACCCCACACACCGUGGCCACAUCUGAAGAACCCUCUGAGAUGAAGGUGACAUUUGCUUCACAAAGCCCAGCAGCAGGGAAAGCCACCCAAGCUUCCAUUAAUGCACAAAGCAGUCAUACAGAAGGACCUGAGUACACCUCACCGUGUCUCCUUUCCAGUACGAUUAAUAUUCCCCACACAGGAGGUGGAGUAGCUCUUGGCAACAUAGAUGGGGAACAACAGCUAAGAUCACUUCAUUCUCAUUCAGAAAAUGGCAAAAAAUGUACCGACAAGGCCGAAGACGCUGAGAUGAAUGCAACUCCUAAACCUUGUACUCAUCUAAAUGACUUAUGUACCUUAGAAACAGAAAUGGCCACCAAGCUUCCUCCUGUUAAACUUCAAGACACGGAGAAUCACAGACGUCCUACAGCCUCUCCCACCACGUCAUCAACAUCGGUGCUUCAAAAUAAACACAAUGUCCCCGGUGCCUCCAGCCGAACAGUGCCAGAUCCAGCAACCCCUGAAUCUAUGCAACAUAAAAAAGAAGAAGAAAGGUCAGCACAUGUUGAGGAAGAUGAUGAUGACUUUGAAGAAGUAGAAUCGGAGGAAUCCAAGUUGGAGUACUGCUGUACAUUUUGCCAGAAGGUUUUCAAGGGUAGACAUGUAGUUGUGCACGCAAUGUUCCAUUUCCGCAAGGAUGAGUGUAUGUUUUGUGGGUCCAUGUUCAAAGACGACCUCCUGGCCAUGAUGCACCUGUCUGAUCAUAUCGAAAAGCUAAAAAGAAGUAAGGAGUCUGCCAUGAACAAAGCUGAACAAGACUGCGUGCCCGAGACCAAAGAUUCCUGUGCACCCAAGAGCUCUGCCAAAGCCAAGGUCCCCAACAGGACAUCAGGCAGUCACAGUAGCAGGAGACUGAGGAAGUCUUCUGUCCGUAGCAAAUCUGUCACCCCGCCAGAUGGACAUUUUUCAGAAGCUCGAUGUUUGCGAUCAACGAGAAAACCAGGUGACCAACGAACUGAACACGCAGCCGGCAAAUCUCCCACCCACAAAGUAAAUGGACACAUUGACAAAAACAACCAACCUGACCAAAUGAAACGGGCAACCUCAAAAGGUGAAGGAAAGCAUGCGCAUCCACCGCAGGUCACAGAAGCAGGUGAGCGCAAGGCGAACCAUAAUAAUGCAGAAACCUUUGACUCCUUUGUGUCAACGGUUCCGAAGAAGAAACCUCUGGAAUGUUCAAAGAAGGACACGGUAAAGGUAAUGCAAGAGAAGAAGGCAGAGCCUGUAGACAAAGUUUAUUGCCCAGCAGAUGGAUGCAGUUGGUUUACAGACCUCUCUAAGAACCGCGUUGCACUCCUCUACCAUGCCCUGGAGCGUCACAACGGUGACAGUAGACCUCUAGAGCUGUCGUUCCAAGUCGCAAACAGUAAAUGCAGUAUAUGCAUGAGGGUUCUAUGGAGUUUUGAACAUUUUCAGCAUCACGUGGAAAGACAUCGGCUCAGUCCUCGGCAUCCUUGCCUCCAUCUGGGUUGCACUGCCAGAUUCAAAACGGGAAUGGAAAUGAGACGCCACACCAGAAAGCACAGUCCACUGCAGGCAGUGUGCUGCUUACCCGGUUGCUCAAAACUAUUUAUUUGUCUGUGGGCACUGAACCUCCAUGAAAAGGAGCACUAUGCUUCCAAACCCGCCAAGCCAAUAAAGAGUGGGGAUCUACAGACGGAAAAUAAACCUAACAGCACAAAGGUGAAGAAAACAGACGAGGAUAAACCAAAGGCUGUCGCCGCAACUACGGAAGGGACUUUGAGCCAGGCCACUUGUACAUUAAGGGGGCAUGCGUCUCAUAGCUCGACAGAAACAAACACCAGCGUUCCACCUCCCGAUGUCAAAACAUCUGCGGUAGAACAAGAGUUGGAAGCCAGAAAAGAGUCAGAGGAUGCGAACAUUUUAAACAAUCUCUCCAACAAGGAGAGCACCACCCCAUCAAGAAAUCACGGCCUCAAUUUGAGGUUGAGGAAAUGGAAAACAAAGAAGGCUAACCUGAUGGUGGCUAAAAGCUCAAGAAUACCGUUCUUGGGACAUCGGGGCAAAUUGAGACACAGGUUCAAGAAAAAACAGGUACACGUGAACACGAUAGCUCCUAGAAGAAGAGGGCGUCCACCAAAGUCAAGGAAAGCAGCACAUGAUGAAAACACCACGGCAGGCAAAAAGGCUGAAAGUCUAAAGGGCAAAACCUCUCUGAUUCCUGCAGCAUACCUCAAGGCGACAGGGUCUCCCACUGUUGGCAAGUUAGAAAUGAAAGAAAAGCACGUCAGCAAGGCAGACAUGCCUCACCAUAAGGCAAAGUCCAAAAAAUCAUUGAGCGAGAGCACUGAGAGCAGUCAAGUUGAACAAAACAAGGCAUCAGACAAAGGCUAUACUGGGGCAUUCCAGAAUCCGGUCUCCACUACUGAGAAAUCCCAGAAUCCGGUCCCCACUACUGAGAAAUCCCAGAACGUGAAGAAGCACUGUGCUUCAAUAGACACUGACUCUUCAGGUGCCAGUAAGGCAAAGAAGCAAAAGGUUACACCAAGAAAAAGUCCUUUGGUAGAGUCGAGAGUGUCGGUAGCUUCAAAGGAAUUAGCCCAGCCAACGUUGGUGGCUGCAGGGACAUCUGGUGAUGACAAGGGAAAGGUAGAGAAAACACAUUCAAGCCAAGGUAGCCCUGCGGAUUGUCUUCCUGGCAAUACAAAGCAGAAUGUCAUUAAAAAGAAGAAAUCUCUUUCCUCACAAGAAAGACUUCAUCGGAAGAAAGGUGGUCAAAAGAAAGCCGAAGCCCCAGACUGCCUCAGUUUGAAAAGGAAGUCGAAGGAAGAGCCUUCAGAUGCAACCGGUGCAGGCUCCGGUUCCACCGUGCCGAAUGUUCAACCUAAAAACACAAAACAUUCACGCUCAGCCUCCAAAAGGAGCAAGUCAACGGCUGUCCAGGAUAGGAGAAACAAAGCUGUCAAGGGACUUAAGAAAGAAGGUGAAACAAAGACCGCCAAGAAAGAAAGUCCACAUCCGGUCCAAAGCAUUUCCACUCAGAUAGCCACCGAGUCUAAAAGUGAAGGGAAGGCUGACACGUUGGAGAGCUGCGCCGGCGAGCAGGGACACGUACACAAGAAGUGUGCGGUGAGCAGGCGCCAUCCCUCUCAGAAAGCAAAUCAGGAUGAAAUCUCCACGUUGUGCAUGGACACGUUGGCAGAGUACGGAAAGAAGCACAUGCGGGCGCCUCCCACAGUCUACCUCGACGAGAAGUACAUCACCAUGCCCAAACGAAGGAAGGAGGCAUCGUCCGUCCGGUCGUCUGACGCAAACACCUCGCCAGUAGCAGCUAGUGUCGCCACCGCGCCGCAGAGACAGCGGUGCGUCAAUUGCUUCACGACAUUCAGCGGUGCAGAGGAGCUACAGAGUCACCUCCGACUCCAGCGCUGCUCCAGCCUCUUUGGCUUCGACUCUGAUGAUGAGGGGAAUAGUUGAAUGACUCGCCUCCAUUCCAAGCGAGUGGCUGCAGGACUGACUGGACCGUGUAUGAAUGGUGGUUGGAACCUGAAGCCUCUCGAGGGUCUUGGACUUGCCAGAUGGUGACACGUUUUUUUUUUUAAAUAAUGGAAAAUAGCCAUUCCAUUAAAGGCCUACAAAAUAGAACUCCAGUCGGUUUUUGCAGAGCAGCUUGUACUGAAGUGCCUGCUCAGGAACCACAGCACUGAUUCCAGAUGCUUUACCCGUGGAGCAGUGCUGGACUUACUGCCAUCGUAAGCCAUAAAACAUGCUUUGCUUUUUAGUUUAGCACUCUUCUCAUAAACUUGUCAUGCUGUUUGAACAAUGUUCCAGUGAAAGGCAUUGCUUACAUUCAAAAUUGCUGCAAAAGGCUUUGCUUUUAAUUGAAAGGGAUAGUUGAGGUAUUUUGACAUGAAGUUGUAGGACACCCCCCCAUCAGCAGUGUAGUACAUCAAUGGUGACCCCCCACCCCUCCCGUUGGUGUCAUACAAGUGGAUGUGAAAACAUUCCAACUAUCCCUUUAAGCUACUAACAUGAUUUAAUCUGUGAUGCCGCCACUAGGGGGCAGCGUGCACUCAACCGCUCUACGCUCUCUCCUCAGCUCAAGUGUAAGAGGUUGUCGUUUGCUCUUUUUUUGUUUGAAUACAGGAUUUGCUCCACUG